GGUGGUUACUUACGCAACCUUACGUGGACCCUUUCCAACCUUUGCCGCAACAAGAAUCCUGCGCCCCCACUGGAUGCUGUUGAGCAGAUUCUCCCUACUUUGGUUCGUCUCCUGCAUCAUAGUGAUCUUGAAGUAUUAGCAGAUACCUGCUGGGCUAUCUCCUACCUCACCGAUGGUCCAAAUGAGCGCAUAGAAAUGGUCGUCAAGACGGGAGUUGUGCCCCAUCUGGUGAAGCUUCUGGGAUCGGAUGAAUUGCCCAUUAUGACUCCUGCACUGAGAGCCGUAGGGAAUAUCGUCACUGGAACAGAUGAACAGACUCAGAUUGUGAUAGAAGCAGGAGCGCUUGCUGUCUUUCCCAGCCUGCUCACUCCCCUCAAGACAAACAUUCAGAAGGAGGUUAUGUGGACAAUGUCAAACAUCACAGCCAGCCGGCAGGACCAGAUCCAGCAAGUUGUGAAUCAUGGAUUAGUCCCAUUCCUCGUCAGUGUUCUCUCUAAGGCGGACUUUAAGACCCAAAAGGAAGCCGUGUGGGCUGUGACCAACUAUACAAGCGGUGGGACAGUGGAACAGAUUGUGUACCUUGUUCAUUGUGGUAUAAUAGAACCACUGAUGAACCUCUUAACUGUGAAAGAUCCGAAAAUUAUCCUUGUUAUUCUGGAUGCUGUUACAAGUAUCUUUCAGGCUGCUGAGAAACUAGGUGAAACUGAGAAGCUUAGUAUAAUGACUGAAGAAUGUGGAGGCCUGGACAAGACUGAAGCUCUGCAGAACCACGAAAAUGAGUCUGUGUACAAGGCCUCAUUAAACUUGAUUGAGAAGUAUUUCUCAGUAGAGGAAGAAGAAGACCUAAAUGUUGUGGCAGCCACUACCUCUGAGGCCUAUAACUUCCAACCUUUAACUUCUAGGUGUUCUGAUGCCAGGUAG